CGCCCAUUUCGCUCUUUCACCCUCUUCUAUUCUAUCCUUUCUCUCUUCCCCAGACUCCAUCCACCCGCCCAUCGACAACCCAACUUCCGACAAUCAAUCGCUAUCGAUCAUCGCCAAACGCCGUCGACUCAACCAAGCGCUCGUGAGGCCCAUCUCACUUCGUCGGACUCGACUUUCCACUAUCAUAUCGUCUCCGGUCUACUUCUGUCCACGUCGGAUAAUCCACGAGUUCGAUCUAUCGCAUGGCUCAGCCAUAAAACGAAGUCGUUAUUGUCGUCUUGAAUGACCUCCAUUGCUUUCGCCGUUUGGUAAAUUCGAGACGCACAGAGGCCACGAACCGCCUCAGUCCAACAUUAUGUCUGAAUUCAACGGCCGUCGGGCCCCGAACUUUUCCCAAUACCUGGAAGAUCUGAAUGCCAUCCCUUCGCCAUAUGAUCAGGCUAUGCAGCAGCAACAGCAAGAAUCCUACAACUUCGAUGCCGAUCUCUCGUUGUUUACCAACACCGAGUUUUUUGACUUCGACCACUUUGGCGACAUCAACCUGCCUGCUUUUGAUUCGGUGGAUAAGACUACAGUGAAGAGGGAGACCGCGCAGGAUGCCAACUCCGACAUGGAUUUCUUGAAUCUUCUGGGAGGCUUCGGCAAUGUCAACGACAUUCCAUCCUCCAAUGUGAACGCGGUCAACACUCAAGCUGUGCCACCUCGCAACCCACAGUUCUCCGCUCUUCCGCCCUUGCCGAAUGCACCCUAUAAUGUGAACCCGGCUCCGAGCCAGGCGUCUUCGCAACAUUCUCCGCAGUCAUCGUCAUCGAUGUCCCCUCCCGCUGCUACCGCUGUACCUCCUGCUACCACUUCCUCCACGUCUGCCACCGCGCCGAAGCGUAAGAACACCCAAAAGGCCCCACCUAUGAGCGUCGAAGAGGUCGCCCGCAUCGCGGCGGAGGAAGACAAGCGCCGGCGCAACACCGCCGCCAGCGCCCGCUUCCGUGUGAAGAAGAAGAUGCGCGAGCAAGCUCUCGAGAAGACUGUCAAGGAGACCACGGAAAAGAACACCGCAUUGGAGGCUCGCGUGACAGCCCUGGAGUUGGAGAACCAGUGGCUGAAGAACCUCAUCACCGAGAAGAACGGGCAGACCUCAGAAGAGGCGAAAAAGUCGGAGAACGAUAUUGCCAUCAUGUUCCAGAAGUUCCUCGCCUCACAGCAGAAGGACAGCGAACGGAGUAGUUCUGACUCCAAGAUCGGCGUAGGCACUGCCUAGUAUUGAUUCUCUUGUUUACUCUUCCGUUCGCGUGCGAGCAUGCCUUGUCUUAUCCUGAUUUCUUCGCCCUUCCCCACUUCUCUUCCUGUAGAUGUUUACAUCCAUGCAAGGGAUCUCCCCUCACGCUCGGCCCCGUGCUCGUGUCCUUCUUCUUGCCAUGCUCUAUGUUAAUAUUGGUUGGUGUGCGUUUGGGGAGACUGUUCGGCGUACGCGGAGCCUGUUUAUGAUGGAGGUGGUUUGCUCGGGCGGUGGGGAGGCCAACGUACUAUUUCAGUUGCCAAGGGCAGACACCUGCAAUACAGAAUCCCAGCUGGCUUAGCUCAUUGUGAUUUGUCCCCUUUUAUAAAAGUAUAUGAUAAUGAAUGAUACCAAAGCAAUGUUAUCUCAGUUCACCUUUCAGAAGUGCC